AUAGUUAUUAAAUUUAAUACUAAUUAAAACAAAUUAGUUUUGCUCAUAAAUGCCGGGCUAUAGUGUCGACCGGUUUCCCGAUUUGUCGGCCGAAGAUCGGGACGAAUACACGUGUAGUAUAUGUCAGCAGAUAUUUGACACUCCGGUCACCACAACCUGUUGUCUACAAACUUUCUGUGAGGACUGUAUUAUUAAAUGGCUUAAGACUAACACCACCUGUCCCUACGACAGGAAGCCAUUGACUAGGAAAGGGCUGUCUCAAUCACCAAGGAUAAUUGUCAACACUUUGGGUCGAUUUAAGAUAGAAUGCGACUACUGGGAGGUCGGGUGCCGUAAAGUGAUCAAACUGUCGGACUUACCGCAACAUACAGUCAACUGUCGCUAUAAAUUAACAAAUUGCUCAAUCUGCGUACCUAAAAGUGAGGACCAGAUACUGGCCGAGUGUAGGCGACACCUGUCGGCACCGGAACUUAUAUCAAACAAAAUAAACGCCGAUAUGACCGACAAAACACUGGCCAUAAUUAGGCAACAAUUAAGGGAACAAAAUACUAUAUACGAAGUGUGCAAAGAAGUGGUCAAUCAAAUGGAGCUCAAGUAUGGUAGCGCCUGGACCUGCACUGCCGAUUGGGCGGUAAAGGCUUAA